AUGGCCAUCAUUGUAUUCGUCGGUCUAUUCUUGAUGGUUCUCGCAGCCUUCAUCGAAGCUAUAGCCACCACCAUCGCCAACAAAUUGAAUCGCGACAAGCAGAAUCACCCGUCGUACAGUCGUCUGGAAUGGGACAGUAACGCAUAUCUGGAUCUACAGCGACUUGCACACCAAGCCCUCGGAAUCGGCACAUGGUCCCGCAUGCGACAAAACAGUCGGAACUUCCAAUUCUGGGACGUCCAGAAACAGGAAUGA